AUUUUUGUCAAAAACAGGUACAGUUUCCUUUGCAAGGUUUCAUAUGUUGUCUCACAGGGAACCAAAUUACUUAUUUACAUGUACAACCUCCAAAUAAAUCCCUUGUUGCUAGAAUGACCUACAGCUUCAGGGUCAGAAGUAAAAGAGCCGAGGCAUUCAGGCAUUUAUACCUCCAGAAUCCUCACAGGCGCGUCUUUUCUGCGCCUUAAAACAAAAACGAGAAGGAAGAAAUUAAAGAUUCCCGAACAAAGAAUCUUUUCAACCUGUGGAAUUUAAAAUCUGCACAGUUGAGAGACCUGAAGUUUUUGCAACGACGAAAAUCUCAUUUUUAAACUUUCUGCUGAUGUUACACUUUGAUUAAUCCAAGUUUUCUUUCAUUGUAAAUUAUGUUAAAGUUUUAGGGUAAAAAUCUUCCUUCGGCAUCUUUUGACAUUGACUUUUUUAUAAUUAUCAUUAACUAAGUGAGGUAUUUUAUGGUUAACGUUACUUUUUUUAAUUGACAGUCAAAGUGUCUCUUUAUAAAAAAAUAUAACGAUUACUUAAUCCAUUAAUUUAUUCAAAAAUAAAGGAAUUACAUUUUAAAAAUCUGCCUGCCAAAUAAAGUAUUGAAUCUGAAACACAGACAUGAAGUAUUUGUCAUUUUCUAACUCCGAUGAACGGCACUCUCUGAAGCGCAGGAGAUAAUGCUGCCAUCUAGCGGAGACUCCACCACAAAGCCUGGAGCGUGCAAAUGCUGCAUCUAUUCAUAGCAGAGGCUAUGUUCUUUUGGAUUUAUCUCUUCUUUUCAUGUUCGUAGAGGAACAUAGAGGGAUUCCUGCAGAUCAGAUGCUCUGUCUGCUUCAUUCAUCUUUCAUGACUGGGCAGUUCCUUUUUUUUCUAUUUUUGGAAACUAGCUGAAAGCAAGUUGCGUCAAGAUUUGCCAUGUAUAUUUCAGUAUCCCCACCUCCCUUCGCUGACACUAUCUCUCUAUAAAUUACAGUCCUGCCGCUCCAUGCCAUCCCCACACCACGUGACCCACUUCUCCCAUGCCCUUCAGUGCUUCAUUCAGCAUGAUGGCUGCGGAUGCUGCGGAUGCUUUCCGCUGCAUCCUGCAUCCGCGUCGGCUUCUCUUCUUCUUUCUCGCCGGCGCCCUCUCCUCCCUGACGCCCCCAGCUGCCGCGCUGCUUGGCGUCCGGCCUGAGGACACCCGGAGCGGAGAGCUGUCAGUGCAGGAUGGCAUACUGAGGGCGAUCGAGGGGAGCCGCUUCAUGCUCAGGGUUUACUACUCCACUUUCCCACUUUCCAAGCAUCCCAACAGCUUGAACAUCAGCGGCAGAGCUGACGCCGCACCUGCCGCUCCGUGGAUCGCGUUCAUAGAGGAGGCAGGUGGGAGCAUCGAUGAUGCAGAGAAUCGGCUGCGUUCCAGAGCGAACCCUUGCGAGGAAGAGACUGCGCGCAGCUCCGAUAUAGAACUGUUGGGCUCCUUUAGGUCCACAUCAAGUCACAACUCUGUUUUGGUGGAGCUUUUCGCUAAAGAUCUGCGCAGAAAUGAAGCAAUUAAAUACUAUUCUAUGUGUGCGUUUGACGGAGUUAAAUGGGAACACUUCAGCACCAAAGACUUCUGGUUAGCAGUUGUAGAGAAACAUCCAGCGGCUGAUCUUUGGCUCCAAACAGGGGUCUCGGUGCUUUUGUUGGGGCUUUCUGCUCUUUGCAGCGGUCUGAACAUCAGCAUGCUGGCUUUGGACCCAGUGGAGCUGCGCGUCCUGCAGAACAGUGGAACAGAAAAGGAACAGAAAUACGCGCGGAAAAUAGAGUCCGUGCGUAAACAUGGAAACUACAUCCUUUGCACUGUGGUGCUGGGCAACGUGCUCACAAAUACAUGCUUUGUGGUUUGGAUGUGCCAGAUUUUAGGAAUGACAGCUCUUUCAACCACCUCUUGCACUUUGGGGAUCUUUUUUAUUGGAGAGAUUUUGCCCCACUCCGUGGCGUCCAGACACAGCCUCGCCAUCGCUUCAAAGACUCUCAGCGCAACCCGUUUUCUGAUGCUGGUGUUUUUUCCCAUCGCUUAUCCAGUUUCCAAGAUUUUGGACAUCUUGCUGCACCAAGAGAUCAGCAGUUUUUACACUCGGGAGAAGCUGGUGGCCAUGCUGCGCGUCACAGACCCUUAUCACGAUCUGGUCAAAGAGGAGCUGAAUAUCAUCCAGGGAGCUUUGGAGCUCAGGACGAAGACUGUGGAGGACGUUCUGACGCCGCUGUCAGACUGCUAUAUGCUGUCCUCCGACGCCGUGCUGGACUUCGGGACCAUGUCCGAAGUAAUGCAGAGCGGUUUCACCCGCAUCCCCGUUUACGAGAAUGACAGGUCCAACAUCGUGGACAUCCUGUUCGUCAAAGAUUUGGCCUUCGUGGAUCCAGACGAUUGCACUCCUCUGAAAACCAUCACUAACUUUUACAAGCAUCCUAUGCACUGCGUCUUCAGCGACACCAAACUGGAUGUGAUGCUGGAAGAAUUUAAAAGAGGUAAGUCCCACCUGGCUGUGGUUCAGAGGGUGAACAGCGAGGGCGAAGGAGACCCUUUCUAUGAAGUGAUGGGCAUCGUCACGCUGGAGGACGUCAUUGAAGAGAUCAUCAAGUCUGAGAUCGUGGAUGAGACUGACCUGUACACUGACAACCGGAACAAGAGGCGAGUGUCCAACCAUGAAAGGAACCUGCAGGAUUUCUCCAUCUUCAAACUGGCUGAAAAUGAGCUGAAGGUGAAGAUCUCCCCGCAGCUGUUGCUCGCCACCCAUCGUUUCAUGGCAACAGAAGUGGAGCCUCUCAGGCCGUGUCAUCUGUCGGAGAAGAUCUUGCUGCGUCUCAUCAAACAUCCCAGCGUUGUACAGGACUUGAAAUUCAACCCUAAGAACAAGCAUGCUCCUCAGCACUACCUCUAUCAGAGAAACAAACCUGUUGACUACUUCACCCUGAUCCUGCAGGGGCGGGUGGAGGUAGAGAUAGGAAAGGAGGCUCUGCGGUUUGAAAAUGGACCUUUUUCAUACUACGGCAUGCCAGCACUAAUCUCUCCCCUGCAUUCUGCUCGCAGGUGCAGCUCCCGGAGCAGCGGCCUGAACCAAUCAGAUUCCUUGCUGAGUGGAGGCAGUAUGGGCCAGCUCCCGCCUGGGUCGGGACUUUAUCUGCCAGACUACUCCGUCCGGCAGCUGACAGACCUGCAGAUCAUCAAGAUCACCAGGAACCAUUACCAGAAUGCUCUGACAGCCAGUCGCAUCGACAGCUCUCCACAGACACCAGAUGCUGUGUGUCCUUACUCUAAAGGGAGGUGUACGGCCCCCGAAGCGCGCUCAAACAGCAUCGCCCUUCCCCUGACAAACCCUCACACCCGACUGGGGCUGGCACGCCUUGCACAUCUCCACCCCCAUGGCGGCCUUCACAGCACUUCGCACCUCAAUGAAAGAAAUCGCAUUGUUCGCAGUAAAUCAGAUGGGCAGAGGAGUCCAAAUGAUGCAGUGUUCCUUCGCAUGGAUGAGAUUCCCUACAUUCAUGAGGACUGGCCAGAGAGCUCUGCUGACAAUGACGUCCUGACAGAGGUGUCCACCUCUCCCUUCAUCAGCUCUUUGUCUCUGUCCAGCUCCGAGGAGAACAUGGGGAAGAAGCUCCUGCGCAAACUGAGUAACAAGAGGAGGAAAAAGUCUCCGGAUGAAGAAAAGAGUUUGGAGGAGGGUUCAGAGCAACCGCCAGUGAGGAGCUAACACAAACUGUAAGGAGGAGGCUGAAAGCAUGCGACAGCCUCAUCCUCAUCAGUAUUCCCUGGCUGUCCAAUAACUUCUUUUCCAGCUCUGACUCAACUCUCACAUUAGACUGCUGUAGCCCAAAAAAAA